CAUGCUAAUAUCAUAGAAAAACACGCAACGGCACAAAUUGUUUGUGAUUGGAAAAUAUCUAAAUAAAAUUGGAAAUUAUAUAGUCGGACGUGUGUCAUAAUGAUGUUGACGUUUUUAUAUUGUAGCUUGCGAUUAGUGCGGAAUGUAAGCAGUUGCAGCAAAGGGAUAUUUAUUGCAUCUUCGGUGCGAACGCCUAUCGCUCAACCAGGAUUAUCUCGAGCAGAAUUAGGUGGACUAGUUAUAGAUACUGUAGUUAAACGUGCAGCAGUUCCUCAUAAACAAAUUCAUGAACUCUAUAUAGAUAAUGCCUGUUUGUUUGAUGAGAAAAUAGUUGCUGAAGCAGCAGAGUUUGGAAAUCUUUCGAAAAGUACCCAUUGCCAAUUAAAUAAUACAGCACUAACGUCUGCUAUGGAAGCAUUAUCUGUCGAUAAUGAAAAUUGUUCCGCAAAUAAACACGAUGUGAUAAUUGCUGGAAGUAUUGUAUCGGUAAAUAAUACAAAUUUUGCAUCAAUUAAAUUAUGUCAAGGCCAAGAAUUAAAUAUAGGAAUAUCUAAACAAAUAAUAGAUGACUAUGUUAACAGGUCGAAGAGUUUAUACUUAAGAGGAAAAUCGAACGGUGCUUUUGAUGGUGAAAUGGUUCCAAUACGAAUGCAACACCUAAGAGAGCAGAAACUAAUUAUACACGACGAUAUCGAGCACGACUUCACCGAUUUAAACUAUAAAGGAGCUGCUGCCGUAGUUUUGACGAAUUUUGAAGGCAGCAAACGAUUGGAAUUGAAACCAUUAGCUCUUCUUCUUGGGUACACAUAUGUUGAAGCUUCUAAAAAGGAUAUACUUUUUGCACCGCUAUUAGCGGCCUUACAAACUUUAGAAGAAGCUGGAAUUAACAGAAAUGAAGUUGAUAUGUGGGAAGUUGAUACAUAUGACCCUCUUAUACCCCUAGCCUUAAUAAAAAAACUAGGUGUUGAUUCCGAUAAAGUUAAUAUACACGGUGCCAUUAUAGGUAGUCCUUUAAUGUCUAUCAUACACUUAGUAACACAUGUGACUCACUCACUGAAGCCUGGCCAAAUUGGUUGCGCUGCUGCUUUACAUGGUGAAUAUGGUGCAAUAGCAGUUUUAAUACGACAAUGCAAUUAUAAUAUACAACAAACUGUUCCUGUAUUGACUUUGUUUACGAAGGACCCUUGUCCACUUUGUGAUGUUAUGAUCGAAGAGUUGGAAACUGAGUUUAAUGGCGAGUAUAUAUUGGAAAAAAUCUACAUCACGGAAAAAGAAAACGUGCGUUUUUUACGUUUAUAUCGUCAUGAUAUACCAGUAUUGUUCCUAAAUGGUCAACAUCUUUGCUGGCAUAAAUUAAAUAAACGAUUACUGCGUAAAAAGUUGAACGAAAUAAUAAACAUUUAAUUAAAUUGUGCUAUUAAUAAUAAUUUUAUUAAGACAAUUGUCGGGAUACAAGGUACAUAUGUAGUAGACAGGCUUCCAUUAAGUACAUAUAAUAACUAUAAAGCCUCAAUAAAAUUCAUUUCAUAAUAUAAUCAGAGUUUCGGUCGCACAUUUCAAGUUUAAAACUAGCCCGCUCUGUCAUUGUCAAAGCAUUGAAGGCAGAUUUUAAAUAGUUGAAUGAAUUGUAGUAGAGAACAGUGAUAAAACAACUGCAUCAUUUUAAGACCGGUAUUUUUCAAUUUGUAAUUUAUUGCGUUUUAAGGCCUACCUAAAUUGUCUGUCCGUAUAAUUGCUGGUUCUACAUUUUUAAUAAAACAUACA